AUGGAUUGGAUCAGAGGACAUACCAUAGGCCACGGAUCCUCUGCUGCGGUCUCCGUUGCCAAGUCACGUUUCUCCGAUGAAGUCUUCGCUGUUAAGUCAGUGGAGCUAUCCGAGUCGCAGUUAUUACAAAAAGAGCAGAUAAUUCUGUCCCAAUUGAGCUCCUCUUACGUAGUUAGCUACAAGGGCUACGAUGUUACGAAAGAGAAGGACAAACUCAUGUUUAAUCUUAUGAUGGAGUAUAUGCCGGACGGUACACUUUCCGAUGAAAUUCAGAAACAGGGUGGUAGGAUGAACGAGCGGUUGAUCGGGUAUUACACGAAGCAAAUUGUACAAGGACUAGACUACCUACAUUCAAGGAGCAUAGCACACUGUGACUUAAAGGGGCAGAACAUUUUGGUAGGUAAAACCGGUGCCAAAAUUGCUGAUUUUGGUUGUGCCAGGUGGAUUGAUCCGGUGGAGAGGGAAGGUAACGCAGAGCCAAUUGGAGGAACGCCGAUGUUUAUGGCACCAGAGGUGGCGCGUGGGGAAGAACAGGGGUGUCCAGCAGAUAUUUGGGGAUUGGGAUGUACAAUUAUUGAAAUGGCCACUGGUGGAUCGCCAUGGACUAAUGUGACAAGCGCAGCGUCAUUACUUUACAGAAUUGCAUUUUCAGGGCAAUCACCUGUAAUUCCAAAGUUCCUCUCUUUACAAGCAAAGGAUUUUUUAAACAAAUGCUUGAUAAGAGAUUCUAAAGAAAGAUGGACAGCUAAACAACUUCUCAAACAUCCAUUUCUCGAGUCAAAUUCCACGGCAAUUCAAAAUUUUGUCACAGACUCACCAACAAGCAUUCUCGAUCAAGACAUAUGGAAUUCAGUAGAGGAAUCAGAAACCAUGAAUUCUACAAUAUUACAAACAUUUAGCUCUCCUCUGAAAAGGGUAAGUAAAUUGAACCAGAAAUCAGGUAAACCAAACUGGUGCUGGGCUGAUGAGAUUUGGACCACAGUUAGAAAAACCAGUGAAGGAGAUUGUACAAUGACAGCUUUUUCUGAAAUGGAGCUGGAAAGCUGUAUUGGUAGUAAGGAGUUAGAAAUAAAUUACUUUUGCUGUAACAGAGUAGUACGAAACAACUCUGUAAUUAACAGUCUCAAUUUUCCGAGGCAUUCAGUAAAUAAAAUUCAUUCUUCAUAA